AUUGCUGUCUCACUGCUGGUUACCAACUGAGUUGUAAUCCGCCCCUUUCCAAAAGCUUGUACGGCCUGCUUUGUAGAGGAGGUCGUUGAACGAUAGGUUGUUUGAUUUGGUGUCAGAAUGGCCUCCAGCGUAGUGCGAGGCGUGGCUGCAGGUGCGGCAGGGGUGGCGGCGAGUGCCCCAAGCAGAACACAGCAGGUUGAGCAUAGGCAGAUGCCCUGCACUCUGUCCACACCCUUCAGAGGCGCGGCUUUGAAAACUAAAAGUUUGGCGGUGAACAGAAAAGCAAGUCAGAAGGCCAGGAGUAUAGUGGCCGCCGCAGAGGGGUUCCGGUCGCCAGGGCUCAUGUCAGAACAGGGGUACCCAGGACUUUCUGGAGCAGCAUCGCCAAUUACCUCCAUCUCGAACAUUGAAACCCCGUACUCUGCUCUGAUGGGUGACAUUCGUGCGGACGGGCAGGGCCCUCCGCCGGGGAUGGUUGAGCGGUUUCAGGGCGUUAUCAGCCAGCUCUUUCAGCACAGGAUUAUCCGCUGUGGAGGAGCGGUUGAUGACGACAUGGCCAACAUUAUCGUGGCUCAGCUGCUGUACCUCGACGCGGCAGAUCCCGGCAAGGACAUCAUUAUGUACGUGAACUCCCCCGGUGGAUCGGUUACUGCAGGGAUGGCCAUCUUUGACACCAUGCGGCACAUCCGGUGCGACGUGAGCACCGUCUGCGUUGGUUUGGCCGCCAGUAUGGGAGCCUUCCUUCUCAGCGGAGGAACGAAAGGCAAGCGGUACGCACUACCCAAUGCGCGCAUUAUGAUCCAUCAGCCGCUGGGAGGGGCGCAGGGGCAGCAGACGGACGUCGAAAUUCAGGCGAACGAGAUUUUGCACCACAAGGCCAACCUGAACGGGUACCUCGCAUACCACACCGGCCAGCCGCUGGAAAAGAUUGUCUCCGACACCGAUCGCGAUUUCUUCAUGAGCUCAAAGGAAGCCAUGGAGUAUGGGCUGAUUGACGGGGUCAUCAGCAACCCCUUGAAAGCUUUGACUCCGACUCCAACUCCGACUCCAACUCCGACUCCAGCAUAAGUGCUCGGCCAUUGACUGGCCAGCAUAAAUGCUUGGCAUACGACUCCAACAUAAGUGCUCGGCAAGGCUGUGGUAGGAGAUUGGAUUGAAUAUGUUGAUUGAGAACGGUGAGGGCUGGCAGGGCACGGGGGUUCGAAGAGCAGAAGGAUGUGCUCGGUUGUAUGUGGGCGAUGCGUAGGAAGCGCCGAAAAAAACGUAAAAGGUAGAUUGGUUAAGGCAUACCGCACCAUUGAUCUUUGUCGGAAGUAGGGACUAUGUUCAUAUUGAUAUGGCUUAGUUGGAGGAGGCAUUGACAUAUUCAACCAAUCUAAAUAUCACACGAAGUGCACAUGACG